AUGUUGAUAAUCCUCAACGCCUUGUCUAUUUUAGGAUUGAUCCAAUCAGUUCUGGGCACCGCGGUCGAUCCCUCAAACAACCAAGAUAUGGAUAAGAGGACUGUUACCUCUUCACAGUUGAUGGCGAAAGAAGGUCCCUCUUAUACUGACAUCAACACUGCUGCCAAUCCUUUGGAUUGGGAUAUCCUUUUGGGCGUUCAAAGUGCUCUGGCUGUGCUGACCAAGCUCAACAAAGCUGCCAUCACCGACCACAUCAAAGAUCAUGGCGAGCCUGGUACACCGACUGAAAAAGCUACAUUCGAAAGUACUGCCUCUAUGAGCGGGGAAGAUGCGUUUCAGAAUUGGUGGUGGCGUGGCUCAAUGCAGGCUGUGAUGGAUGUGUUGGGAACGACCUACGAUGAGCUAGGGGAAACAGGCGCUACCGCAGAUACUGUCCUAGAAAUACUUACCGGAAGGAAGACCAAGACCAUCCUCAACCCCACCAAAGAAGAGUUGAAAUAUUUGGUCGUCAUGCAUUUUGAUGGGGAUGAAAAUGAUUCGGCUUCGUUCUCCUCAAUUCAAAUUGUGGAUAGGCAAUGGGUGACACGCUCGAACAAAAUCGAGGUUGGUAACGGGGACUCUACUCUAAUCUUCUUGGAGGAUGAGGGACCUGUUCCCUGA